CUGGUUCUUUGAAGCUUGAAUCUCGAAUUUGCACACUGCUUCUCCCCCUUUUUGUCAUAAUAAAAAAGGCAAUCCCGAUGUUUUGCUUAAGCAACUUAAUGCAGAAUCAUUAGUGCACUAAAGCAAGUAACUCACACAGGAACAAUUAACUUAAAUCAUAAAAAUAGUGUUAUAACUAGAAAAAAGUGUCAUAAUGUGCAUAAAAGAAAAUAGUUUAUAAAAAAAUGUAGGGGUAGCAAUAAUCCAUGAGGCAUUUAAGCAUCAGAAAAUCACUGCUUCUUCUUGGUCGGAUGCCAUGCUCUGUUCAGCUUCCUUCUGUUUUCUCUUCUGGGCAGCCUUGGAAUUCGUGAUUCUGCGUUUGGGAGGCAUCGUGCAGUUCCAAAUCUAGCAUAUGACCUGAGAUUCUGGCGAUUUAUGACUUGUGGUUUCCGUGGAUAUGCCGGCGACAUCCAGUACCGAGGAGGCUGAGGCGAGGUGCUAUGGGAAGAGACAGUGGUGGCUUUCUGCGUUCCCGCUAGCGAGGCUUUCUGGGUCCUCGACUUCUUGUUGGAGGGGUUUCUCACGGUGGAGGGAGGUGCAGGGGCUUUCUGGGUUCCCGCUGGUGGGGCUUCUCACGAUGGUGCAGCAGUGAGGCUUUUCGGGAUUUUGAUUUAGAGGGCAGAUGGCUGCUGUUACAGUUUAAGACUUUUAAGGGGAGUGAGUAAGCUAAUGGGUUGGGUAGGUUAGGCUUGGCCCGAGGUAAGCUUUAAGUGGAUGGGUUUUAGGUGGGCUGAAAAAAAAUUGAAAAUUGGCCCAUGGGGGGUUCCGACUCCUUGUAGGGGGUGCGGAACCCCUGAUUAUUCUACCUGCCUCUUUGCCCAAGGAGGUUCUGACUCGGAACACACGAUGGUUCUGACACUUUUUGUGGCUUUUUCGUCUGUAGCUCAGGUGUCGACACCUAUUGGUUAGGUUCCAACACUUUCAUAGACUUUUUAGCGUCUAGUUCCCUAGUGAGCCUCUAAAACCGAUCUUCACUUAAGGGUUUAGUAAAAAUAUCAGUUAAUUGAUCAUUAGUAACGGUAAAUUCAAGAGAGAUAUUUUUAAAAUUUGAGUCAUAUCAAGCAAGAUCAAAUAUGCACUUCAAAAAUAUAAAUUUCACAGCAAAGAGAUCAUAAUAGAUAACUCAAGAAAAAGUAAAUGUGAUAUCAAUUACUACUUCAGCAAGAUUAAAAGCAUGAGCACAAAUAGUCAAAGGAUAAUCAUGUGUAACUAAUUUGAAUAAUGUGAAUACUAUUGA